AGACGGGGUUUCACCGUGUUAGCCAGGAUGGUCUCGAUCUCCUGACCUCGUGAUCCACCUGUCUUGGCCUCCCAAAGUGCUGGGAUUACAGGCGUGAGCCACCGCGCCCGGCCAAGUUUAAGUAAUAUUCUAAGUCUCCUGUUGUCAUUCAACAAUGUUCAUAACAUCUUCACCAGGAGUAGAUUCCAUCUCAGGAAACAAGUUUCUUUGCUCUUCCAAAAAUAGUAACUCCUCACUUAUUUGUUUUAUCAUGAGAUUUCAUCAAUUCUGUUACAUCAUUAAGUUCCACUUCUAAUUAUAGUUAUCUUUCUAGUUUUAUUAUAUUUGCAGUUACUUAUUCCAUUAAAGUUUUGUUAUAGGACCAACAGUUUCAUAUGCUUACUGUCCAAUAAUAGUGCAAUUACACUGAGACGUCAGAUUUGGCAGCAAAGAAGGAGUUUAAUAAUUGCAGGGCACUGAGCAAGGAGAUGAGAAGAGAACCCCAAAUCCAGCUCCUCAAGGAGUUCUGGGCUGGAGGUUUUAAGGAGAUCAUAGAUGGUGAUGGGCUGGAAAAUGAUUAGUCAGGGUAAUAGGGUAAAGUCAUCAGAACAAGAAACUACAUUAUUUGCUGAGUCAGUUCCUUGUGGGGUCCUCUAGAUCAGCUGGCAUCAGUGAAAUCUCUCAGAUCAGCUGACAUCAGUGAGAUCCUUCAGACCAGCCGAGUCAGUAGUUUUAGCAGUAUGCUGGACCUGAAGGAAUACCUCAAAAGGAAAGUUGAUCAUUUCAUAAUGUUUAAGUUAAUAUUUAUAGAAGAAUUAAGAGGAACUAUAGUCUUGUAACAGGGUCUGCAUAAUUCUAGGACAACAGCCAAAUAACUGUGAGGAAGUGAGUCAGAGAACAAGCUAACCUAAUGAUUAAUGCUGAAUGUAUUACAAGCUUGGUUUACUUUUCUCUUUUUCUUUCUUUAUCUUUGAUUACUUUAACAAAGUUUAUAAAGAUAGUGUCAUCUUGAAACUCUCAAUAUCUUACAUGAUGGUUGUAAGAAUCAACAUGUAUAUGCUAUAUCAUAAAUGAACCUUUAAAAUAUUAUGUUACAUAAAAGAAGCCAGUCACAAAAUACCACAUAUUGUAUGAUUCUAUGCAUUAAAAAUUGUCCAGAAUAGGCAAAUCUAUAGAGAUAGAAAUUCAAUUAGCAAUUACCUAGGACAGGGGAAAUGCAGAAACUAGGGGUGGAGAGAAAAAGGUUAAGGACUAUAGGGCUUAUUUUGGGGAGAUAAAAGGGCUCUCCAACUGAUUGUUAUGGUAGAUGCACAAUUCUGUGAAUAUACUAUGAAACAUUAAAUUUUACACAAUAAUUGAUAAAUAGUAUGAUAUUUAAAUUACAUGUCCACAAAGUUUACAAAAAUAUGUGGACCAUGUUUAGUCAUUUUAUCUUUAGUUUUGUGUCAAAUGGACUGCAGAAACAGGAUCUGUCACUGCUACUGUUCUGGACACUCUUCUAAAAUAUAUUGCAUAAGACAGAUGGCAUGUCCAUACAAGAUCCUUGAUAUUAGCUGAAGGAUAGCACUCAUAAACAUAAAAGGGAAAUUAAUCACAUCUGUGUGAACAGAUCAUUUACCUUCAUUUGUCUCCUUGCCAUCCACAUGCUCAGACUGUUGAUUUAAUGAUAUUGUAUGUACUUUGACUUAUAAGGGUUACAUUUUAACUUCUUGGCUAAUUUAUCUUUGGACAUAACCAUGAGAAAUGACAGAAAGGAACAGCAACUGGAAAACAAGCAUUGCAUUGCACCAGGAUGUCUGUGAAAUGGACUUCAGUAAUUUUGCUAAUACAACUGAGCUUUUGCUUUAGCUCUGGGAAUUGUGGAAAGGUGCUGGUGUGGGCAGCAGAAUAUAGCCAUUGGAUGAAUAUAAAGACAAUCCUGGAUGAGCUUAUUCAGAGAGGUCAUGAGGUGACUGUACUGGCAUCUUCAGCUUCCAUUCUUUUUGAUCCCAACAACUCAUCCGCUCUUAAAAUUGAAAUUUAUCCCACAUCUUUAACUAAAACUGAGUUGGAGAAUUUCAUCAUGCAACAGAUUAAGAGAUGGUCAGACCUUCCAAAAGAUACAUUUUGGUUAUAUUUUUCACAAGUACAGGAAAUCAUGUCAAUAUUUGGUGACAUAACUAGAAAGUUCUGUAAAGAUGCAGUUUCAAAUAAGAAAUUUAUGAAAAAAGUACAAGAGUCAAGAUUUGACGUCAUUUUUGCAGAUGCUAUGUUUCCCUGUAGUGAGCUGCUGGCUGAGCUGUUUAACAUACCCUUUGUGUACAGUCUCAGCUUCUCUCCUGGCUACACUUUUGAAAAGCAUAGUGGAGGAUUUAUUUUCCCUCCUUCCUACGUACCUGUUGUUAUGUCAGAAUUAACUGAUCAAAUGACUUUCAUGGAGAGGGUAAAAAAUAUGAUCUAUGUGCUUUACUUUGACUUUUGGUUCGAAAUAUUUGACAUGAAGAAGUGGGAUCAGUUUUAUAGUGAAGUUCUAGGAAGACCCACUACAUUAUCUGAGACAAUGGGGAAAGCUGACAUGUGGCUUAUUCGAAACUCCUGGAAUUUUCAGUUUCCAUAUCCACUCUUACCAAAUGUUGAUUUUGUUGGAGGACUCCACUGCAAACCUGCCAAACCCCUGCCUAAGGAAAUGGAGGAGUUUGUACAGAGCUCUGGAGAAAAUGGUGUUGUGGUAUUUUCUCUGGGGUCAAUGGUCAGUAACAUGACAGAAGAAAGGGCCAACGUAAUUGCAUCAGCCCUUGCCCAGAUCCCACAAAAGGUUCUGUGGAGAUUUGAUGGGAAUAAACCAGAUGCCUUAGGUCUCAAUACUCGGCUCUACAAGUGGAUACCCCAGAAUGACCUUCUAGGUCAUCCAAAGACCAGAGCUUUUAUAACUCAUGGUGGAGCCAAUGGCAUCUACGAGGCAAUCUACCAUGGGAUCCCUAUGGUGGGGAUUCCAUUGUUUGCCGAUCAACCUGAUAACAUUGCUCACAUGAAGGCCAGGGGAGCAGCUGUUAGAGUGGACUUCAACACAAUGUCGAGUACAGACUUGCUGAAUGCAUUGAAGACAGUAAUUAAUGAUCCUUCAUAUAAGGAGAAUGUUAUGAAAUUAUCAAGAAUUCAACAUGAUCAACCAGUGAAGCCCCUGGAUCGAGCAGUCUUCUGGAUUGAAUUUGUCAUGCGCCACAAAGGAGCUAAACACCUUCGGGUUGCAGCCCGUGACCUCACCUGGUUCCAGUACCACUCUUUGGACGUGAUUGGGUUCCUGCUGGCCUGUGUGGCAACUGUGAUAUUUAUCGUCACAAAAUGUUGUCUGUUUUGUUUCUGGAAGUUUGCUAGAAAAGCAAAGAAGGGAAAAAAUGAUUAGUUAUAUCUGAGAUUUGAAGCUGGAAAACCUGGUAGAUGAGACUACUUCAGUUUAUUCCAGCAAGAAAGAUUGUGAUGCAAGAUUUCUUUCUUCCUGAGACAAAAAAAAAAAAGAAAAAAAAAUCUUUUCAAAAUUUACUUUGUCAAAUAAAAAUUUGUUUUUCAGAGAUUUACCACCCAGUUCAUGGUUAGAAAUAUUUUGUGGCAAUGAAGAAAACACUAGGGAAAAUAAAAAAUAAUAUAAAGCCGUAUGAGCUCGUAUUGAAAUUUGUUGAACUUACAUUGAAAUUUGUUGUUCUAAUUCACAGUAUACUCACAAAAAAAUUUACUCAGCUUAACUAUAUUUCACACAUUGUACAUAAACACAAGAACAUUAAGAAGUCCACUGACAGUAUCAGUACUGUUUUGCACAUACUCAGAAUAAUUUGGCUUCAUUUUGAACAGGAUUGUAUUGUUUUAACUGCUGCUAAAGAAACUAUUACAUAGUUAAAUUGUACAGAAAGUCUCUCUUCCUUUUGAUAUUUUAAGAUGAGUAGUAUUGCUUGGCUUUUAUAAUGCAUGCAGCUUUAUUCUCAUAUUUUUCCUAAAAUUUAUGGCCAAAUGUUUACUGUUUUAGAGCUUAAGUCAUUUCUCAGUGGAAAUUAUGGGGAAUUAGAAAUACAGCAACUCUUACCUUCUUCCUACUGUAAAAUUGAACUAUUUUGUAAAGUCUUUGGUUUCAUGAGCCAAUUCUAUUUUUUCUAGAUAUUUAAAAAUAUUCAUCUGGUUGACUUUAUUCUCAUAUUUUUAAUUAUUUCAAUAGUUAUCUGGGAACAGGUAGUGUUUGAUUAAAUGGAUAAGUUCUUUAGUGGUAAUUUCUGAGGUUUUGGUGCACAUAUCAUGUGAGCAGUGUACCCUGCA